UAUGAAGUAGAACUCAUACUUGUUGAGGGAAAUUUGAAUCAUGAGAGAACAGGGAAAACCCUGAAGUUAUCAAGGGGACAGAAGCAUGACAUUCUUGAAACCCUUGCAUCCAAAAUGCAUAGCUUUAAAGCAUAUCCCAGUGAUAAAGACAUUUCAGUGGUUGCAGAAGCGCUUGUCACCACCCAUCCUUGUCUUAAAGAACCAGGAACGCAGACAGGAUGGUAUGGUUGGAAAAAUAGUCUGAAGUUUAAGAUGGGUAACUUCUGCACUAAGUUGAGUCGGGCAGGAUAUAGUGAGGUAGCUGUAAAUUCUGGAAAGAGAAGCAGAAACAACCCUGACAAACAAUCUCCCCACACUGACAUAAAGAGACCAAAAAGGGCAGAAGUGAAUUUUCUCCCCAACUUUCCAAAAGGAGAAGAUGGUUCAAGCCUUGAGCGACAGAGACUCCAGAUUGUAGAUGAAGUUAUAAGGACUGACAAAAACCUCCCUCUGAUUGCAAAGUUGAUGCAGACCACCUUUUCCCUGCGACGCAAAGAGGUCAUCAAUGAUGACUUGCCUGUUGGAGAGAUCCUGGAGCGCUGGCCUGCCCUAAAGAUGGAGUCACAGAUUUGUGCAGAGUUUCACAGAAUCACAAACAUCAACCUGAAGAACCACUUCUAUUCUGAGUUAGACAGACAUGUCCCUCGUCUUCAGAGUUUGUUCAGGAAGAAAGCUGCGCGCACAGGGAAGGUGUGA